AAAGUGCAACCAUAGUCCGAAAGGCAACAAGAAUUGAUCCCCAUAAUUUAGUUUUAAAAAAAUCGGCAAUAUGUCGUCUGUACAAGAACUGAAGCAACAAAUCGAAGAACUACAAAGCGAGCUUUGUAAACUGAAAGGAAAUCCUUCCGGAGGUGCCAGAGAGAAGAUCGAAAAGAUGUCUUCAGAGGUAGUAGAUUCGAAUCCAUACAGCCGUCUCAUGGCUCUGCAACGUAUGGGAAUCGUCAACGAAUAUGAACGGAUUCGACAGAAGUGCGUUGCUAUCGUAGGUGUCGGUGGCGUGGGCAGUGUAACGGCUGACAUGUUAACUCGUUGCGGAAUCGGUAAACUGAUUCUGUUUGAUUAUGACAAGGUAGAGCUGGCCAAUAUGAACCGCCUUUUCUUCACUCCUGACCAAGCCGGGCUCUCGAAAGUGGAAGCGGCAGCGAAGACGUUGAAUUUUAUCAAUCCCGAUGUUGAAAUUCUGACCAACAAUUACAACAUCACAACGGUUGAAUCGUUCGAUAAAUUUUUAAAUGCCAUUAAAACGGGUGGCAUUGAGGAGGGUUCGCCAGUCGAUCUAGUCCUCAGCUGCGUUGACAAUUUUGAAGCACGUAUGACCAUCAAUACGGCAUGCAACGAACUAAGCCAAAAUUGGUUCGAAUCUGGAGUUUCCGAAAAUGCAGUAUCGGGCCAUAUUCAAGUUAUUCGUCCAGGAGAUACAGCUUGUUUUGCGUGUGCCCCUCCAUUGGUGGUGGCAGAAAAUAUUGAUGAAAAAACGUUGAAACGAGAAGGUGUUUGUGCUGCCAGUCUGCCUACUACCAUGGGUAUCGUUGCCGGAAUGCUGGUCCAGAACACACUCAAGUAUUUACUCAACUUUGGAACGGUAUCGGACUAUCUAGGCUACAACGCAUUGAUUGACUUUUUCCCAAAAAUGAGCCUCAAGCCAAACCCGACAUGUGACGACCGUUUCUGUAUUGAACGCCAAAAGGAUUAUGCUGCUCGACCUAAACUGGAACAAGUUGAGGUAGUUGCCGAGGAAGAAACACCACUCCAUGAGGAGAAUCUUUAUGGUAUAGAAUUGGUAGCUGAGGAUGAACCACAGGGAACCCAAUCAUCCACCGGGACAUCCAACACUAUUUCAGCGGGUUUGAAAUUGGCAUAUGAAGCUCCAGAUACUCAACAUUCCAGUGCUCCCCCAGCUGCGGUGAGCGACGAUGUUAGCUUAGAUGAUCUUAUGGCACAAAUGAAGUCAAUGUAAGCUUCGCUCCUUCGAUACAGU